UUAACGCAACACUAAACCUUUCUUUCUGUCUGCCCCAUUUCAAACAAACAAAAUACUCACUCGAUAAAAUGCCACCGCUUACGGGGGUCCUCACCCUCACCGUAGUUACCCUACUCCUCACAAUCGCUCCCUCCACCGCCUGGCGCCCAUGGCGGAACACCACAUACAACACCUCCGAUUUCAUCUACGGUAACUCUAAAAAAUAUGAGGGCUCGUCGGAGUUCGUCCACUUGAAAUACCACAUGGGCCCCGUACUCACUGCCAACAUAACCGUACACACUAUAUGGUACGGCACGUGGCAGAAGAGUCAGAAGAAGAUCAUCCGCGAGUUCAUCAACUCAAUCUCCGCCGUUAACGCCAAGCACCCCUCGAUUGCCGGCUGGUGGAAGACCGUGCAGCUUUACACUGACCAAACCGGGAACAAUAUUUCCAGGACGGUGCGGUUAGGCCAGGAGAAAAACGAUCGCUUUUACUCCCACGGCAAGAGACUCACGCGCUUGUCCGUUCAGACCGUGAUUAAAAGCCACGUCACUGCUAAGUCAAAGCCGUUACCAAUAAACCCCAAGAGUGGCCUUUACCUUUUGCUCACAUCGGAUGACGUGUACGUCCAGGAUUUCUGCGGACAAGUAUGUGGGUUCCAUUACUUCACCUUCCCGUCAAUCGUGGGGUACACGUUACCGUACGCAUGGGUUGGUAACUCAGGGAAGCUCUGUCCAGGAGUGUGCGCCUACCCCUUCGCUGUGCCGAAUUAUAUCCCCGGAUUAAAGCCGGUGAAGUCACCAAACGGCGACGUAGGAGUGGACGGAAUGAUAAGCGUAAUUGGUCACGAGAUUGCUGAGCUGGCAACAAACCCUUUAGUUAACGCUUGGUACGCAGGACCCGACCCGAUUGCCCCAGUGGAGAUUGCUGAUUUGUGUGAGGGUAUUUAUGGAACCGGAGGGGGUGGGUCGUACACGGGACAGUUAUUGGACGGUGAAGAUGGUGCAACUUACAAUAUGAAUGGAAUCAGACGGAGGUACUUGCUUCAGUGGGUUUGGAACCACGUGGUGAAUUACUGUACUGGACCUAAUGCACUUGAUCAGUAAUUUAGAGGUUUUUGUUGGGGUUUGUGGUAAUUUGAUAAUUUCUGGAUUUG